AUGGAUGAUAUAUAAAUCAAAGUUUUUAUACCAAAAACAACUAGUCAACCAACACCUAAAAGAGAUCGAAAAUAAGAACAUCAACAAAGGAAACUCAAAUAAUAAUAGAAAAAAUAAAAAUAUUUUGACAAACUCCAUUAAACCCAUCAAAAUGAAUCAAUACCACAAAAUUAAAUUUCAGAUCAACAAGAUCAAACAAUAAAUUAAGAAAUUUAAAAAAAACCAUAACAAUAAGAUCAAAAACAUCCAAGAGUGCCUAUGAAAUAAUUGAUCAUUCAUUAAAAACCAUAAAGUGUUACUUUACCAUAAAUUAAUCAAGAUCAAGAAGGUGAAGUAUUUACUGAAUAGUAUUUUGAAGAUCUCCAAAUUCAUCCUAAUGUCAAAUUGGGAUUGAAAUCAAGUGAAUUUAUUAAAAUGACUAAAAUACAAUAACUAGCUAUCCCUAUUGUUGAUACAAGUAAUUACUCAAAUUUAUAUUAUUAGAAGCUAAUACAUUUAUUAAAUCUGAAACAGGAUCAGGGAAGACCCUUGCUUAUAUGGUACCACUUAUUUCUCAUUUGAUGAAUACUGAAACAAGAAUUACAAGAGAAUAAGGAACAUAUAUUUUAAUAGUUUGUCCAACAAGAGAAUUAUCAUUAUAAUGUGUAGAUGCUGCACUUAAAGUAGGAAAAAAAUGUCCUAAUAUAGUUGUUGGUGCAUUAGUUGGUGGUGAAAAUGCAAAUCAUGAAAAAGCAAGACUUCGAAAAGGAGUAACAAUUGUUAUUGGUACUCCAGGUAGAAUAUUAUAUCAUAUACAAAAUACUUAAAGUUUCAAAUUUUUAAAUAUUCAUACACUAGUUUUUGAAGAAUGUGAUAGAAUUUUAGAUAUGGGUUUUUAGAAAGAUAUUGAAUAGUUGAUUUAAUUAUUAGGAGAUAAGAUUGAUAUUCCUUCAUGUUAAAAGAUUAUGGUUUCAGCACAUGUUAAUCAAAACAUUUGUUAAAUUAAGGGUUUAGAGAUUACUCCUAAAAAUUAUAAGUUUGUUGGAUUUUCAAAAGAAUUUAUAAAAGAAACAAAAACAAAAGAUAUUUAAAUUAAUGAAGAUAAUUUAUAAUGUAAUUGGCUUGGUGAAGGAGAUCCAACUUGGUAAAUUCCCUCAACUUUAAAGUAAUAUUAUACUCUCAUUUAAGAACAUCAAAAAUUGGCAUUUCUUUUUGCUUAUAUUCGGACUUAGAUAGGUAAGAAAACUAUAAUUUUUGUAUCAACAUGUGAUGAAGUUGAAUUUUAUUGGUUUUUAUUUUAAUAAGUUCAAUUUAACAAUCCAUUUAAGAAGUAAGAACAAUAAAAUAUAGAGGAAGAAGAGGAAGAAAAGAAAUAAGCUUUUAUAACAUAAGAGGUUUAUAAAUUACAUGGAAAUAUUGAAUAAUAACAGAGAUCAAAGACUUAUUUUAAUUUUAAGAAAAGUAAACAUUAAGAUGGAUGUAUUUUAAUUUCAACUUCAGUUGCAUCAAGAGGUCUAGAUUUUCCUGAUGUUACUAAUAUUUUAGUAUUUGAUCCUCCUGAUUCUUAUGAUGAUUAUGUUAAUAAAGUAGGAAGAACAGCAAGAAUUAAUAAAAAUGGUUUAAGUCUUAUGGUGCUUUUUGAAAAGUAUUUAUUUUAUUUUAAUACUAAGUCUUGAAUCAUAAUAAUUUAUUGAAGAAAUUUAAUCUCAUUUAGCAGCCCCAUUAAAUUUAGUUGAAUCAGCAGAAUAUUUUAAGGCCUUCUAAUAUUAUUUAUUUGAAACUAAAAAAAUUCAUGAUAAAAUGCCUGAUAAAUUUUUAGCUUUAAUGAUUAAACAACUUAUAAAAUAAGAUAAAGAUUAUUAAUUAUAAUCUAGAAGGUAUAUAAUUUAAUCAAUAGUUUAUAGAGCUUAUGUGAGUUUUCUAAGAGCUUAUGGUAGAUUGAAGAGUUUUAAGAUUAAGACUUUGAAUUUACAUAACUUAUCAAAAUCUUUUGCUUUAGAAAAAGCUUUUUCAGAAGAUACAAAAGAUGAAAGAUAUCAAAAAGACUUGAAAUUUAUUAACCGAGAGAAGUUUAGAUAAAGAGAAGAUUAAGCUAAUGAAACUAGAUGGGAUAGAGAAAGAAAAAAGAGAAGAGUAAUGUCAUAAGCAGAAUUAAGUAAAAUGGAAUUCAUGUGA